CUGCGAAAUCAGGGUAACUCUCUCCCGAGAAUCAUCUCUCCCAGCUUGAUUUGACUCGUCCCUUUGCGAGUUCCUGAUCGCCGUUUCCUUAAUCGGAUCGAGAUCCGAAAGACAGGGAAGCUUCUUGCUCCCGGAGCCGUGUAGAUUUCCGCCGGUCUCUUUUUGGCUCCACGCAUUCGAGAUUGUAGGAAGAAACGGUCGAUUCGCUCGUGGGUUGUUGUUUCCUUGUGCGUAGGAGCAUGCGUUACGUGUGAUGACGAGGCCCCCGCGUGUUUGGUCGGUAGUUUCUUGAUUGAAUUCGAUUCGGUUUCGGCCAAUCUUGGAUAGAUACGACGGUUCCUUCGGUUUGGGUUUUGGUUGCAUUGUCGGGGGGCCAUGGUUUCCUUGCAUGCGCUGCUCGACGAGCCCGGCGGCGUUCCCUUUCAUAGAAAGAGGCUGAGGGUAUUGAAUUCCGAGCAUAGGUAUGUAGAUUCACGCGCGUGUGUGGGCAGUUACGGCGGUCCUGUUUCUCAGGGAGAGCACACGUCAGAGGGGCGCGACUCAUUUCGCGGGUGCUGGAGUGACAAUCAUUGCACUUCAUCUUGCUGUGAUGUGGAGGAAGAAAUCGGUGCAAACUCUGCGACGGAGUCCACCUUCCAGUCGAAUAGCAAGAAUGAUGAUACCUUUGCAUCGUGUAAUACUGGGGUUGCAUCGUACACGAAUAAGAGUCAUGCAGUGCAUGCACAAAAUGCUUUUGUCAGUGGGUGGAUGUACAUGAACGAACAGGGGCAGAUGUGUGGUCCUUAUAUCCAACAGCAGUUGUUUGAGGGUUUAUCUACUGGUUUCUUACCCGAAGACCUUCUUGUGUACCCGGUGUUGAAUGGAUCAUUGAUGAGCGCUGUACCCUUGAAAUAUUUCAAGCAGUUUCCUGACCACAUUGCUUCUGGAUUUGUUUACUUAUCCACUAAUCCAUGCACAACUAUGAUGCCAAAUUCCCUAACUUCUCCAACCAAAGGUUCCCUUAUACACGAACAAGAAGGUUUUUCUGGUCAUAGUAACUUAAGUUUUCAGGUUCAACCCCAAAUUUCUAUCGACCACAGUAAUUCUGUUAGCCAGGUGGUAGCAAAUUCCGGAAUAGCUACUCCAGCUGCAUCGUUCUCGGAGCUGGAUAGUGAGGGUCCUUGUUGGCUGUUGGAAGAUGACGGAGGGAGGAAGCAUGGGCCACACCAUCUUUCAGAAUUAUAUGCUUGGCAUUUUCAUGGAUAUCUGCAGGGUUCUUCAAUGGUAUAUCAUAUCAACAAUAAGUUUAAAUGCUCUUUGCUAUCCGUCAUUAAUGCUUGGAAAGCAGAGGGAUGUGGUGGUGAUAACUCAUCUAAUGCUCAAGUUGGCGAGAGUAACUCUGCCCUAAGCUUCACAUCAGAUAUUUCCGAAACAUUUUCUUUGCAAUUGCAUGGUGGUGUCAUGAAAUCUGCUCGAAGAGUAGUGCUGGAUGAGAUCAUCAGUAAUAUUAUUGCAGAUACUGCAAAUAUGAAGAAAGUGCAAAGAAAUCUUAAGCUUGAGUCAUCAAAUCAAGCCAAAGGAACUCACCUCCUUGAUGUUGAGAAGCCUGAAAUUUUUAAUCAGAGCGUAUGUUCCGUGGAACCCAAUUGUGGGCUCGGAGUCUGGGGAAAUAUUUCUGAUCAGAAAUGUACUGAAGUUCCUGCACAAUCUUCCGCUUGUGAUUGUGAGUUAGGUGCCUUUGGCAAUAUAUCUGAUCGAAGUUGCAUUGCUGAAGUUCCUGCACAUUCUCCUAGGAUGGUCAAAUCUGUUGGAGGCAUUGAGAAUUUUAAUGCUUCAUGCUCAGUUGUAUGCGGAAUGCUUUCCAAGUAUUGCAUGGAAGUGGCCUGGAAUGGUAUCUUUUACAAUACCAUAGCAGAUUAUGCCACUGCUUGGAGGAGGCAAACGAUCUGGUUCGGUCAACCGAGGUUGGCCUUCCCUGGCUGCAAGGGCGACGAACUUAUGACUCGGGCCCUCUCUGAAUUGCCAGCUUUGGAACGAGAUGCUGAUUGCCCUCCGGGUUUUGAGUCUCUGAAUAUAGACACAGAUGGACGGCCUUUUCUUGUUCGUUCUGCUUUACGAGGGGAAAGUUCAUCUGAACAUGGGAGCUUUGUUGAAGCAACUAAUUGUGUCCGAGAAAGUGUUGAGAGAGAACUGCAUGCGUAUGCAAAGGAUUCUUUGGUUGAAUAUGCCAGAUAUUUUAUAGAGGAGGAGGUCAGCAAACUAGAUAGGUUGUCAGAAAAUGACAUAUUUCAUGAGGAAAAUGUUGAGACUUCAUUUGAGUUGCAUCGUGAAUCAGGUUCUUCUGACUUGCCUAUUGAUUCAAGGUCUGAUAAUGUGUUGAUGACUGCUGAAUGUUCUCAAACUCCAUUGGAAGCAGUUACAAGCUUUCCUGAAACCUCGAUGGACAAUGUUUCUCGCAUCUUGGGUCGUAUUUUCACAGAACUGUGCACAGAAUUGGGUAAUGUGGUUGUCGGCGAAGAAAUAGACGAGCCUCCGCCCCCUGGACUUGAUGGCAGUAUUAAAACUUCCUUUCCAUCUGGUCUAUGUAAAUUCCGGCCUGUAGAGUCCAAGGAGUGUAUGCCUCCGAGGGCAGAAUAUAUUUCCAUGGCAAUGUGCAGGCAAAAGUUGUAUGAUGAGGUGCUGGGCGAAUGGAAAUUGUUUUUCCAUGGUUCUCUUCAGCAAUUUGUUAUAUCCUGGCAUGAUUCAAAGAAUCUUAGAUUUGAUAAGGACACAUCUUCUAAAGUAUAUAGGGAAUGUGCUAAAGAUAAAUCUGCUGCAAUUUGCACAUCAGAAGAUGGUUCAAAGUCUAUCCAGCACCCUGGCUAUUGUAAAAGGCAGUCACUUUCUGGCCAGUAUACAUAUUUCCGGAAAAAAAAACAAGUAAAGAAAAAAGUCAGCUUAUCUUCUCAAUCUGCGACCAUUUCUGUUGCUGGUUUAAUGAAUCUACAAGCGGAAAAGUCGAGGAAAGAGGAGUUCUCCAAGACUACAACUGUGGUUCCCAAAAAGAGAAGGCUUACUAAAGGGCAGACUGAAUCAUCUGCUUGUUCAAGGUCGUUUCAAGCUACUUUGAAGAGAGGCUUGCCUAGUAAGAGCAUACCAGAGAAGACUUCAAGAUUUAAAAAAAUCAAGGCGUCUGAGACCUUUAAAGAGGGCGGGGCUUCAGAGGUUGGUAUAAAACCUAAGAAAACAAAAGUCGUAAGUCAGCCACAGGAACUUGAAGAUAGAGCAAACAUAAAUGUCAAUGGGUUUAGGACCAAAAGAGCUACCUCAACAAAUUAUUCUAAGAAGAUUCAGAAACUGGAAAAGGUAUCGUCAAAAAUUAAAAAGAAGCAGGUGAUUGAUCGUUACUUGCCCCAUCCUGAAGAGGUCUCGGUGCCAAAUGGUGUCUCAAAGAAAUCACAGCGGAGACAGGAUGUGUCACAAAAGUCCAAGUCCAGUAAGUCCAAGACAUGUAAGCCUUGCCCUAUUUCUAAUGGAUGUGCACGAUCUUCAAUUAAUGGGUGGGAAUGGCAUAAAUGGUCAAUGAAAGCAAGCCCUGCUCAAAAAGCUCGUAGUAGGGGAGUGCAACAUAUUCAAUCGAAGAAAACAGGCUCCCAAGUUAACACGAUUCAGUGGUCAAAUAAUAAGGGUAUAUCUGCAAGAACAAACAGGGUGAAGAUGCGGAAUCUUCUUGCUGCUGUGGAUGGUGCUGAUCUUCUUAAAGCCUCUCAAUUAAAGGCAAGAAAGAAACGUCUGAGCUUUCAACGAAGCAGGAUACAUGAUUGGGGUCUUAUUGCCCAGGAGCCAAUUGAGGCAGAGGAUUUUGUCAUUGAAUAUGUUGGUGAAUUAAUUCGUCCUCAGGUAUCUGAUAUACGUGAACGGCAUUACGAGAAGAUGGGCAUUGGCAGCAGCUAUCUUUUCAGGCUGGAUGAUGGUUAUGUGGUUGAUGCUACAAAGCGUGGUGGGAUUGCCAGAUUCAUAAAUCAUUCUUGUGAGCCUAAUUGCUACACCAAAAUCAUUAGUGUAGAUGGUCAGAAGAGGAUUUUUAUAUAUGCAAAGCGGCAUAUAGCCGCCGGUGAAGAACUUACUUACAAUUACAAGUUUCCUUUGGAAGAGAAUAAAUGCCCUGCAACUGUGGUUCUAGUAGUU